UCUAUCAUACUUACACAAUAAGAGAUUUAUGCUCUUAAAGCAACCUGUUUUUCCUAAUCUAGACAAGAAAAGGGGCUGGUUUGGCUAAGCACCCCCCCAUCCUCUUUUUGUUUUUUUUUUUCUUUUUCACUAAUAUUAUUAUGGAACGUGUUGACAAUGGGUUUUGUGACUUGGAUUUAGAAGGCAUCGUUCAUUCAAAGAUUUCCUUGAGAGUUGGUGAUAUAUCUAAGCAUUGAGAAUAACAAAUAAAGAUGAAUAAACUAAGUAAUAGGAUCUAGCAUAGGACCAUAAGAAAAUGAGGACCCAAAAGAAAAUAAAAUGUCAAGUGCUUCAUUUUUGAAAUCCACUUAAAAUGUGAAUUCUUAUAGAUGGAGUCUCCAUGGGCCAUGGCAGUGUACAUUCUGGAAGGAGGUCAAUCCUAGCAAAGUAAUGAAUGAAUUGCAGAAUAAUAUUCUUCUAGGAUAGAAGUACUGUACUGAAAAUUCAGGAAGAGUUACAGAAGUUCAAUGUGCUAAAUUAAGGCGAGAGGCAUGGUCUUUCAUUUCAAGAUGAUUGAGUUGACUUUUAAACUUAUACUCCCACUUUGAUCCAUUAGCGAAAAAUUAUAUAUAACUCAGCAAUGACCGCUUUUGAGUAUUUGACGUGAAUGGUCUAGAACAGGGUAGCCCAUAUAAGAUGUUACCUCACCAAAGUUCACAUAACUUAGUGGAUGUGCUUGAUUCAACCUCCCAUUCACAUGGGAUUAUGGCAAGGAUGAUGAUGACGAUGAUGCUUGAUCCAACCUUUUAUCGCAAAUAGGAAGAAAGAACGAGACUGGCUAUGGUUAAACUUUGAAGGGCAUCAAUGGGUGGUAGCACAAAUGUACAUUCCAAACCCACUCGAUGUGCGUUCCAAUUCCACCCAAGUAACCUUUAUGCCACAGGCUUCUAGACAUCCUAGGGAGACUCGAGAGUUGUAUGAAAUGGAACCCCACCCUCCUUUUCACUGGAAUGAUCAUUAAACCAGGCUCCAAGUUGGAGAAGGAGGCUCUUGUUAAAGGAGUUCCAAUAGGACAAGCACUUGACAUAAAUAUUCCUCCUCCACGCCCUAAAAGGAAACCAAGUAAUCCUUAUCCUCGAAAGACUGGUGUGGGAGCUCCAACCCCACAGGUGGGAGUACAGGACGGAAAACUAUCAACAUCAGGUUCAUCUUUGUGCUCUGGUAAACAAAUACUGGACUUGGAGAAAGAACCGCUUCCUGAGAAACCUAAUGGAGAUGAAAAGCCAGGAAAUGCAAAAGAAAACCAUGAUGAGGGAAAUUGUUUUGAAGUCUUCACCAUUUCCCAAGAAUCUCCCUGCACUCCCCUGUCAUCAGCAAACAAAACUUCCAUGCCACCACCAGUGGCGCCUAGAAUUUCAUGCACUUUUAAGGAGUUUGUGCCAUUGACAAAAGAGGUAGUUAGCCAGGAUGAAACAGCUGAAUCUUACAUCACGGCUGAAUCCAGAGGAAAUCAAAGUAAACUUGACACCAAACAGACAGACCAUGAUAAUGGCAGGAGUAAGACCUCAAACUUGGGGAAUUCUAAACCUUUACAUGAGAAAUUGAUUCAAGGCAAGAAAACAAAUGAACAGUGCCAGACUGAAACUUCAAGUGCACUUUUGAAUGAUAUGCAAGCUACCCAGAACUAUCCAAGACAUGUUCCUGUGCAUGUUCUAGAUGGGAACCUAGGAAUGAGUACUCAACAUGUUUCCUGUGAUAUGUCAUAUCAGGAUUCUAUAUUUCACCAAAUGGAAGGAGUUCAUGGACAACUUAACCUGUUUUCAAAGCCUGCUGUAUCUGCAACUACCGAACAUCACAAUACAUCAAGGUCUUCCAUUCAUCAAUCAUUUCCUGCUUUUCAUCCUCAUUUCACUCCAAUCAGCAACAAUCAAGAUGACUACCAAUCAUUUCUCCACACUUCCUCCGCCUUUUCAAGUCUUGUUGUAUCUACUUUGCUACAAAACCCAGCAGCAUUUGCUGCAGCAAGCUUUGCAGCUACAUUCUUGCCUUCUGCAAAUAUGGAAACUUCAGCAGAUUCUCUUGCGGGUUCCACAGGAUGUUUUCCAUCCAGACAGUUGAAUCCGGCUCCUAGUAUGGCAGCGAUUGCUGCUGCUACAGUAGCGGCUGCAAUUUCAUGGUGGGCUGCCCAUGGAUUGCUUCCCUUGUGUCCUCCUCUUUACACAGGCUUUAGCUGCACUCCUCCUGCGACUGCAGCUCCAGCAGAUACUGGUCCGGCUGCAACAGCCAACAGUGAAAGAAGAGAGAACUCUCCUAAUGAAACUCCGUUUCAAGAUCAACAACCGGACCUGGAAAACUCUGGAGCUCUGCAAGAGCAACUUUCUGCUUCUAAAUCACUAACAUCGUCAUCAUCAGGAUCCGAAGAAAAUGAAGGUGCAAAAUUAAAUACAGAGAUAACUUCUGCCGAUCAUGAUAAAGUUGUUGCAAUGACUGAACUUCAUGAUUCAAACAAGGCAAAUGGCAGUAAACGGGUGGAUCGUUCUUCAUGUGGUUCCAACACAUCUUCUAGCAGUGAAUUAGAGACAGAUGCUCUAGAGAAGAAUGAGAAAGCUAACGAAGAGCCAAAAGAACCUGAUGUAAGCCAUACAGCUAGUGACUCUAAUAAUCGUCGUGGUAGAUGCUCCAUCCCUUCAAAUGAUUCUUGGAAGGAAGUCUCUGAAGAGGGGCGGCAGGCCUUUCGAGCACUCUUCUCCAGAACAGUAUUACCACAAAGCUUUUCACCCCCACAUGAUCUGAAGAACAAGGGGUAUCAAAACAAUACUGGAAAUGUUGUGCAGAUUACAGAUGGGAGAGUUGAAGAUGGGUCCCGUUUAGACCUCAACAUCAAGACUUGGGUGACUUGUUCGAGUCCUCUGGGAGUGGAGAAAAUUUUAUUCAUGAGAGACGAAAACAAUGGGGAGGAGGGACUGCUGACAAUGGGGCUUGGACAUGGAAAGCUCAAGGCACGUCGAACAGGAUUUAAGCCUUACAAAAGGUGUUCAGUAGAGGCCAAGGAGAGCAAGGUGGCAAGUGUGAGCAACCAAGGUGAAGAGCAAUGUCCCAAGAGAAUACGCUUGGAGGGGGAAGCAUCGACUUGAUAUUUUGAAAAUGCAUUCAAUUAUGCAAGGGAAAGUCCUUGUUACUGCCUAAUUUAUCCCCUUUUAUAUUGUUCAUUCUAGUUUAGUAUUUUAGUCCUUAAGCUCGUGAAACUUGUCUUGUAGGUGUGUGUGCUGUAUGUACCAUAAGCGUUUACAAGUACUUUGUCUAAUUUUCUGAAAACCAUGCAAAUGCAUUUUAAAA